UUCAGCAUACCGGGCCGAUUUAAAUUCAGUUCAGCCCUUAACUGCUUCGUCCUCCUCCGGUUUGCUGGUUAAAAAAAAAAAAAAAAAAAAAGAAACUGGUUCUUGUCCGUUGUUCUUCUUGACGUUUUACCGUCUAUCUCUUUGUAGCUGCGUCAGAAAAUGUCGGGGAAAAUGAAGAGCAGGAACGCGGCGAACGCGGACUCGGUGUCGGGCAGCGUGCCGUGUGAUGAGCGCAUCCUGAAGGACUGCCAUCAACUCUACACCGACACAGACAGCGGAUUAAUAGCAAUAGCUCAGUCUGUUGGCGUGACUUUGCUGCCUCCCAGGAAGAAGAUCACUGUGGUGCUGAUGGGAAACCACUCGGCUGGAAAAAGCUCCUUCAUUAACUGGUACAUAGAGGAGCACAUCCAAAGGACAGGAGUUGCGAUUGAGACACAGGGCUUCACUUUUGUUACUAGCGGGCGUAAGAGGGAGUCGCUCACGGGAAAUGCAACUCUCCACCUGUACCCUCACUUUAAAGCACUUCAGGAGUUUAAAGGCGUGUCUGAAUACGUUGGCACCGAGAUCUGCACUUCUCGGCAGAAGCGUUUCAGUUUGGUGACUUUUGUGGACACUCCUGGACUGGUGGACGGGGAUAUGAAGUAUCCCUUUGACGUGGACCAGGCAAUCCUUUGGCUAGGUGAUGUGUGUGACUUGAUCCUGGUCUUCUUCGACCCGAUGGGACAGGCUCUGUGCAAACGCACGCUCAACAUCGUGGAGCAACUCAAUGAAAGGCAAGGAGAUCGGCUCCGCUUUUACCUCAGCAAAGCUGAUGAGGCUGGAUCAGAGUCAGACAGACAGAGAGUGAUGAUGCAGAUUGUGCAGGAGUUGUGUAAACGUCCAGGACUCAACAAGUGUGGCUUUGACAUGCCUACCAUCUAUAUCCCCAAUCCCAACAAGCCCAGUCGAUGUGUGAAUCAGAUCGAGGAGGUGUGUCGCACCAUAGAGAAGACCAUAAACCAGACGGUGCAGAACACCCUCAACACGUUGGAGAAGGACUGCGAGAUCAUCUGCACGGCUGUUACUGAUACGCUCAACAACGACCGGCAGUGCAGUGUGGAGAACAGGCGUGCCCGCUGUAAGAGUUGUUUUUUGGGCUUGCUGGGCUUCAGCGUACCCUUACUGCUGCUCUUCGCUCUGGUGCUCGGCAGUCUGUCCAGAGAAGUGCUGGAGUUAGCAUUGGGUUCUGAAGGCACUGAUACACUCUCACUCUAUCUGGCUCCGGUAGUGAAGGCGUUUGAUUCACUGUCUGUGGAAACCCAGUUGUAUGUUUGUGGUGGCCUUGUGCUGCUCUCCUUCAUCCUCCUUAUCCUCGCCCGCUUCUCUUCUCGCACGAGGCCGACUCUGUCCGGAAAACAAAAGAGGCAGUUGCAGGAAAAACUGGAGUAUGUGCAGGAGGUGGUGAAAACAAAAAAGAAGAAGCUGUAUGAGGAGUACCUCCGGCAGAGUGUUGGUGAUCAGGAUAUGAACUAAGGUUUUAUGUUGAAGAUCUACUGGAGUGAUGAAUGGAAACAGCAGUGAACAAAUAGUAAUAAUGAAAUCAAUAACCACAAAUCAUUCCUGUACUGUAGAAGAGCAGUGAUGGUGUAGACUCAAGCUUUUCAGGAUCACCCUCCAGAAGCUACGCACCAGCAUUUUUCAACUCUGAUGGGGAGGGGUGUAAAUUUAUCAAAUGUUUAUCAAUGGUUUUCAAGGAUGCUGUUGUAGCACGCACUUAGAUCAUGUCCAAACCAAGGCAUGCACUGUUCAGUUUUUUUUUUUAACCAUCUUAUUAACAUGUUACCUGCCACAUGUUCUCCACUACAACCUUACAGCUUUGCAUGAUCCGUUUUUGAAGCAAAUGCCUUGCACUGCCUUUAUGUCGUGCAUUCGUUGUGCUUUUUUUUUUUUUUUUUUUUUUUUUUUUUUUUUUUUUGAAUUCUCAUUUCAAGUUUAAAACGUAUACCUCACUGUGUGAUUUGAACACCAUGAAAAGAAACGAUCAUUUAUCGUUUACAAUACAACUUCCAAAUGAAGCUUGGACGAAAGCUGUGUCAGGACAGCAAUUUUACUAAACAAGAAUACAGUGCUUGUGUGCCUUUUGUCGUUUUUUUAACUGUUUUCUUAUUGUAGCACUCAUAAUAAAGUAAAAUAUACAAUCUGAUCAAGUGUACUGGCUCUUUAGUGUGUUCCUUGAACUCAUGGCUUGCAUUAAAGGUGAAAUAUCUCAGGCUUCUUCAUAAUUUCUUACGGGGCUGUUGGUAGAAUCCUAAAUUGCUCCAUGUACAUACAGUAGUAGUGCAUAAAGUCACAGUAGGGUCCGACUGAAUCGAGUUUUUUGCCUUAUUGGAAAUGUCCUGCCUUAAUAUUUCCUGUCAGAUUUUCACUUCUGUGCUCUUCCUGAACUUGUAGCCACUUUUCUAAGUUGUAUUCUCUAUUUAUAAGAAUGUUUGUUUGCAUUAUCCUGGUAACUGAACUCCUCUUCAACAAGCAGCAGUUAAGCAGAUCCUCCCUGUCAUGCUGCCUCUUACACACCUGAGAUUCAAAUACAUCUCUCUAUUCAUUCAAUAAAUAGUUCAGAGGUUUAUGUGGAAACAUUUGGUUUUUUUUAAACUGAGAUAGUAAUGACAUUUCGUACAUUUACAAACGAAGGGGAAAGACAGACAGACAGACAGAGAGAGAGGGGGGCACCUAAAACUCAGUGACCCCUAAUCAUAUUGUUACAAAGCCCUGCAAUACAAAGAUUCGAUCAAGGAAGACAGUCCUCUCUCUCAGCUGGUCUGAUGCUUUAGUCCUGAAGGAUCACCAACACCUACUAACCCCCAACAUGCUGAUGCUUUAGACAAGAACAACAAUGUCAAAGAUCAGAUUAGACCAAGUUAUAUAAGUCACCUAUUGGGAAACCCAAACACAACAGCAGAGUAAAAUGCAAUGUUAUUUGGCCGUAAAAAGACAGUACACC